CGGAAAGUCUCCUUUCAUACUUUCCUCUCGUAUGUCCGAAGUAGAACUACCACUUAUGUGGCACUCCGGUCGAUUUAACACAUAAACAAUUCUCUCUCUACAUUCUCUCUCCUCUUUCCCCGGUGACUUCAAUCGGAAAAUUCUCCGACGUUCAUCAAGGCGGAUACUAGGGCUUCUGAAAAGGUGAUUGUAUUUGAGCUAAGGAUUCGAGAUUUGUUGAUAUCAAUAAAUGGCUGCUCCUGUACCUCCAGGGGCACCUAGACCAAACAACUCGCAGCCACCACCCCCAAAUUAUGUCCCUAAUGUGAACAGGAUGCCUGAUUCAUCCUUAUCUCAAAAUUUCCAGAACUUACAUAUCAAUCAGCCGCCUAAUGCUCCACCGCCAUCUUCAGCUGGUCCUGUUAGGCCUCCGCCUUUCGGGCAGACCCCUCGUUUUCCUCCAUCAGCUGCUGGUCCACCCUCUUCCUUUCCCGGGCCCUCUCCCAUUUCCAGGCCUGGCCCUCCACCACCUGGUGUAGUCCCAAGAGCUGCAGCAGCUCCCUCGGGUCCUAUGGCCUCACCCAGUAUGAUACCUGGUAGACCCUCUGUUCCUCCACCUGGUGUUCAACCUCAGCCGUUUGCUUCUAGACCUCUUUCUCAAGGACCUUUCUAUGCAGGUGGUCCAGUUGUCCCUUCUCCCGGGACCCCUACUUCAGCUCCUCCCAGAACUCAACCUAUGGCUCCACCUUUGAUGGCUCAUCACGGUGGGUAUGGAUCUCUUCCAAUGGCUACCAGUCAAGUUGCUCCGUCGACAGCUCCUCCAGGAAUGGUUAGUAAUGGACCUCCUACGUUCCAGGCCGGGACAUUGUCAGGUGGACCUCGUUUUGCUUCUCCUGGAGGUCCACAGCAGCCACCAGUUGGUCCUCCUCCGCUGUCUGCUGCAUCAUUUAGGGCUCCAAUCCAAGCUCCACCUAUGCGCUCUUUUCUUGGAACUGGACCUGCUGGUUUACAAAGUGAUCAUGCAUCUCCUUCUUUAUAUCAGUCCUCUUCUCCUUUCUCAGUUCCACCUCAGGUACAGGGUGCACCACCUUCUUUGGGAUCUCAAUUUGGUAUGCAGCCUCCACAAUUACGGCAGGUAAGAGUGACUCCUCCUCUAUCAAUGCCAGGUUCUGUACCACCACCUAGGAUGUAUGGUAUGCCACCAUCAGGACCAGCUCAAACCAUGGCUAAUAUGCCUGGUAUGAGUCAGACUGGGCCAUCAAAGAUUGAUCCCAAUCAAAUCCCACGCCCUCUUCCAAAUUCAUCCACGAUUGUGCAUGAAACUCGUGUUGGCAAUCAGGCUAACCUUCCUCCGCCUGCUACAAGUGAGUACAUUGUCAAAGACACUGGAAAUUGCAGCCCUCGUUACAUGAGGUGUACAAUCAAUCAGAUCCCUUGUACUGCUGACCUUCUUGGAACAUCUGGAAUGCAAUUAGCGCUGUUGGUUCAGCCAUUAACGCUUCCUCAUCCAUCCGAGGAGCCUAUCCAGGUGGUUGAUUUUGGGGAAGGUGGUCCUGUCCGAUGUUCUCGCUGCAAAGCCUACAUAAAUCCUUUUGUGAAAUUUAUUGAUCAAGGAAGGAGAUUCAUUUGUAACUUCUGUGGUGUUACUGAUGAAACUCCUCGUGAUUACCUCUGUAAUUUAGGGCCUGAUGGCCGGCGUAGAGAUGCUGAUGAUAGGCCUGAGUUGUGUAGAGGGACAGUUGAGUUUAAUGCUCCUAAAGAGUACAUGGUGCGUGAUCCGAUGCCUGCCGUCUUUUUCUUCCUCAUCGACGUGUCAAUGAAUGCAUUACAAACUGGUGCAACUGCAGCAGCUUGCAGUGCUAUUAACCAAGUCAUUGCUGACCUCCCCGAAGGUCCGAGGACAAUGGUGGGUAUUGCAACAUUUGAUUCGACAAUACAUUUUUACAAUUUGAAACGUGCAUCACAGCAGCCACUGAUGCUCAUAGUUCCUGAUGUACAAGAUGUUUAUACACCUCUUGAAACUGACGUGAUAGUCCGGCUUUCAGAGUGUCGUCAGCAAAUUGAGUUGUUACUUGAAAGCAUCCCAACCAUGUUUCAGAGUAAUAUGACUGCAGAUUCGGCUCUUGGUGCAGCAAUCAAGGCUGCAUUUUUGGCAAUGAAGAAUACAGGGGGAAAACUUUUGGUCUUUCAAUCAGUGUUACCUUCAGUUGGUAUCGGUGCACUUUCGGCUAGGGAGGCAGAAGGCCGAAAUAAUACUUCUGUGGGUGACAAAGAAGCCCAUAGAUUGCUACAGCCUGCUGACAAAACAUUAAAAGAAAUGGCCAUUGAAUUUGCUGAGUUCCAGGUUUGUGUGGAUUUUUUUAUUACCACCCAGUCCUAUGUAGACGUUGCUUCCAUCUCUGUCAUCCCAAAGACUACUGGAGGACAGGUCUAUUACUAUUACCCUUUCUCGGCUGUAUCUGAUACUGCCAAGCUUUGUAAUGACCUUAGAUGGAAUGUGACAAGACCACAAGGUUUUGAAGCAGUUAUGCGUGUAAGGUGCAGUCAGGGUCUUCAAGUCCAAGAGUACUCAGGAAACUUCUGCAAACGUAUUCCAACAGAUGUUGAUCUCCCUGCGAUUGAUUGUGACAAGGCUCUUAUGGUCUCCCUAAAACAUGAUGAUAAACUACAAGAUGGUGCGGAAUGUGCUUUCCAGUGUGCACUUCUCUACACUACUGUUUAUGGACAACGAAGAAUUCGUGUUAGCACCCUUUCUCUUACAUGCACAAGUGUUCUGAGUAACUUGUUCCGCUCAGCUGAUUUGGAUACUCAAUUUGCAUGUUUCAUGAAGCAAGCUGCCGUUGGGGUUCCCACCACUCCGCUCUUGCAAGUGAGGGAACAGGUGACAAACCACUGUGUCAACAUUCUGCAUUCGUAUAGAAAAUUCUGCGCAAAUUUAUCUGUAUCGACAGGUGGACAGCUCAUUCUUCCAGAGGCCCUCAAGCUUUUGCCACUGUACGCCCUUGCAUUAAUAAAAAGCAUCGGGUUGCGGACCGAUGUGCGGACAGAUGAUCGUUCCUUCUGGAUAACAUCUGUCUCGUCCUUGUCUACUCCGUCGGCAGUUCCACUGGUGUAUCCUAGGAUGUUUGCUGUCGAUCAUCUUGGAUCCUAUGAGAUGGAUGGAUCCAUUAUUCCUCCAGUUAUCCCGCUUUCUAGCGAGCAUGUCAGUGAUGAAGGGAUUUACCUUCUUGAGAAUGGGGAGAAUGCCUUGGUCUAUGUUGGGACCUCUGUGGAUCCUAGUAUUUUACAAUGUCUUUUUGAUACAACCUCCAUUGAUGAAGUUCCGACUCAGUUUGUGUUGCAGCAAUACGACAAUUCCCUGUCUAAGAAGUUUAAUGAGGUCGUCAAUGAGAUAAGACGGCAGAGGUGUUCCUACCUCCGAUUCAAGUUGUGCAAGAAAGGGGAUGCUUUAGGAACUCUAUUCUUCUCAUAUAUGGUAGAAGAUAAAACUCCAACAGGUCUCUCUUAUGUUGAGUUUUUGGUGCAUAUUCAUCGACAGAUCCAAGGUAAAAUGGCUUAAGUUUAACGUAUUCUUCUAUACUCAGACAUAGAGAUAAUAGCUAGAUUAUAGAAAGUAAUUUAAGGCUUUGAAUCAAGUUGCUUAUACCUUUUCUUUCCUUCUCCUUAUAAGCAUUUUUAUUUGAAAGAAGUUUUGAGAUUAGAGAUAAUUUUCCUCAUUCUUUUCCCUUUCGCGGCCCCGUUAUUUAGAGUUCAAUUUAUUGGUUGAUUCAUUUCUCCCAUAUGAGAGAAAUAAAAUCUUCUAUGUUCUCAUUUUGAUAUCGCUAUACUACACAAAUCUUUCUUUUCAUACUUAAUAUUUUACUUGGAAUCAAGAGUUA